AUGGAGGCGAUUUCAGCGGGUUGGGAUGGGGGACACACUCAGAGUUCAUCCACUUUUUUAGAUAAAAUUGUAAAUUGUCGACGGGCUAUUUCUCGGUGGCGUAAGGAACAAGUUCCUUUUGGUCGGGAUACAAUUGAGGCUCUAAAGAGCCAGCUGGUCGUGGCUCAGGCCGAUGACGCAACUCCACUUUCAGUAAUCUCCUAUUUAAAUGCCCGAUUGCGGGAAGCCUAUAGGGAUGAAGAGGUAUAUUGGUAUUUGAAGAACCGUAAUAGAUGGAUGCGGGUGGAGGAUCAGAACUCUAAGUAUUUUCAUGCCCUGACUAAGCAGCGACGGGCCCGCAAUCGGAUUACAGGUAUUUUUGAUAAGAACAAGGUUUGGUCUACGGAGGAUGUUGAUAUCUGCAAUACUGCAGUGUCGUACUUUGCCGAUUUGUUUACAACGUUGCACCCGACAAAUUUUGAUGAGGUCUUAUGUGAGGUACGCACAGCUAUUACAAAUGAGGUCAAUACCCAGUUAACGGCCCCGGUUACAGAGAUAGAGGUACACGCGGCUCUAUUUAUGAUGCAUCCGGAUAAGGCUCUUGGUCCGGACGGGAUGACCGCUUUGUUUUACCAAAAGGCGUGGCUGGUUGUUAAAGGAGACUUUGUCUCGCUGGUGGCAAAGCCAACCCGAAUGACGGAGCUGCGCCCAAUUAGUUUGUGUAAUGUGGGGUAUAAAAUUAUUUCUAAGAUCAUGUGUCAACGGCUUAAGAAGAUUUUACCAGGGCUUAUUUCGGAAACUCAAUCGGCUUUUGUUUCUGGCCGUCUCAUUUCAGAUAACAUUCUGAUUGCUCAGAAAAUGUUCCAUGGUUUACGGACUAAUCCGUCAUGUAAAAGGAAGUUUAUGGCAAUAAAAACAUAUAUGAGCAAGGCAUAUGACCGGGUGGAGUGGGGGUUUAUUGAAAAGUUACUCUACAAAAUGGGUUUUGAUGCAAGAUGGAUUGGAUGGAUUAUGUUUUGUGUUAGUUCGGUUGAGUACAAAGUUCUUCUGAAUGGUCAACCUAAUGGUUUGAUUAUUCCGGAAAGGGGUUUACGACAAGGGGAUCCUUUAUCUCCUUAUCUGUUUAUCUUAUGCACGGAAGUUUUAAUUGCCAAUAUUCGGAAAGCGGAGGAGAAUAAAUUAAUUACAGGGAUCAAGGUGGCAAAUCAAUGCCCGCCAAUCACAAAUCUUUUAUUUGCGGAUGAUAGUCUAUUCUUUUGUAAGGUCGCCAAAGAACAAUGUGAGGUCAUUUUGAGUAUUUUACGGAAAUAUGAGGCUGCCUCGGGUCAGCAAAUAAAUUUUGCAAAAUCUUCUAUUCAGUUUGGUCAUAAGGUUGCAGAAGAUACAAAAACGGAGAUCCAAGGGAUUCUUGGCAUAACAAAUCUGGGUGGCAUGGGCUCCUAUCUAGGGUUGCCAGAGAGUUUAGGAGGGUCUAAAACGAAGGUCUUUUCGUUUGUCCGGGAAAGACUGCAGGGACGUACGACUGGUUGGUCGGCGAAACUGCUUUCUAAAGGGGGAAAGAAGGUGAUGAUCAAAUCUAUCGCUACUUGCGGUCCCGACGUUUGUGAUGUCUUGUUUUCGGCUACCAAAGACAAUUACAUCCAAACUCACCAGUGCUGUGGCGAAUUUUUGGUGGAGUACGGAUGGGUUUUUAAAGGUAGGUAUUAUAGGAAUUUGGAUCCCAUGGAACCGAUUCGUUCUUACUCUCCUUCGUACGGGUGGAGGAGUAUUGUUUCAGCUCGCUCUGUGGUACAUAAAGGACUUAUUAAAAGGGUUGGAUCAGGAGAGUCCAUUUCUAUAUGGACUGUCCCCUGGAUACCAGCUCCAUCCCCGAGACCAACUCUCAGUAAGGGCCCGUUUAAGGACCCUUCUCUUAAAAUUUCACACUUAAUUGAUUGUCAGACAAAUUCGUGGCGGAUGGAUGUCCUUUCUGAGCACUUUGAUCCAGUUGAUGUUGCGUUGAUAGGAGCUUUACCUUUAGGUAGUUGUCCAAAUGAGGAUUCUCUUGGUUGGCAUUUUACGAAGAAUGGGAGGUAUACGGUUAAAUCUGGUUAUCAUGCGGCACGUAUGACGAUCUCUGGGCCUUUUAAGGCGCUUGGUGAUGGGCUAGAGAUAACCUCUCUCCUAGCUAGUGUUUGGAAGGUUCGUUGCCCACCAAAACUCCACCACUUUAUGUGGCAAGCAUUUUCUGGGUGUAUUCCGGUUUCACGAAACUUGCGACGGCGUGGUAUCGCAUGUGAUUUGGGCUGUUCACGUUGUGGUGCGGAGGAGGAAACAGUUAAUCAUGUUCUGUUUCUCUGUCCACCAGCGCGUCAGAUGUGGGCUUUAUCUCAGAUACCGGUAGGACCACAUUGUUUUCCGGUGGAGUCUGUUUAUGCUAAUAUGGAUCAUUUCUUGGAUCCCAAAAGCCCGGGAUCCCAUGUGUCAGCUUUCCCGUGGAUUUUGUGGUAUUUAUGGAAAGCGCGUAAUGCAAAAGUUUUUGAAAAUAUCACGGAGCGGCCAGAGGAGGUCGUUUGGGUAGCUGAAGGUGAGGCUUUGUCCUGGCAGCAGGCUCAGGAAGAGGGUGAAGCUGUGGUUUCAACUGUCCAGCCAACGGUUGCUGACUCUCGUUUACGGGGGCCAAACACUUCCCUUCCUAUGUUCUUUUCAGGCUAUCGUUGUUUCGUUGAUGGCUCUUGGAAGUCAGGAGAUCUUUUCGCAGGAGUCGGAUGGUUUUGCACCCAGUCUCAGGAUCCGACGCGAAGUAUGGGAGCUACUAACUUUCGACGAAGUCUUACCCCCUUACACGCUGAACUCGAAGCUUUCAUUUGGGCGAUGCGUUGCAUUAUUGGACAUGAUUACCGUGAUGUGGCGUUCUACUCAGACUGCGCUGAUUUGGUGAAGAUGGUGUCUUCGCCACACGACUGA